AUGGCGUUGAUAAAGAGGCUUCAAUCUCUUUCUUCCACCCAUUUCGGAAAACCCAAUUCCUUAAACCCUCAACCCCUUUGCUCUCUACACUUCAACUCCCCUUCUUGUACUUCUCCUUUUACAGAGAAGCAUUCUAUUGAGAGGUACCAGAGAGACCAGCGGCUAUACAAUAACCAAUUGGAGCAAACCACUCUAUGCUCUCUCCUUCCUGAUUGUGAUGCUGAUUCUGAUUUCACAAGGCAAAAUGACAUUGCCUUGCAGCUACCAGAGCUGAGAAAGCUGCUUCAGGUGUUGAGAGAGGAGAGAAGGGAAGGAGGGUGUGGUGGAGGCACGUGUGGGCCUGGAAAUGUCUUCUUAGUGGGCCUGGGCCUGGGGACCUUGAACUCCUGACAUUGAAGGCUGUAUGAUAGGUUGGUGUCCAAUGAUGUGUUGGAUUUUGUUGCCUCUGAUGCUCGACCUGUCUAUGUGGGCAAGACUGCUGGGUACCAUAGCAGAACCCAGGAGGAGAUACAUGAAUUGCUACUGAGUUUUGCUGAAGCUGGAGCUACUGUUGUCAGACUAAAAGGAGGGGAUCCAUUGGUGUUUAGAAGGGGUGGAGAGGAGACGGAUUUUUUGCAACAGCAAGGAAUUCAAGUGCAAGUUAUUCCAGCUAUGGAGAUUGGGGAGUUUGCUUCACAUAUGGUACCUGGUUUGCACUAGGAGGAUUGGCAGCUGCUGGCAAGACUUUUAGCACUUGUGCAGCCAUGCGCAAUGGGGUUAGCAGGAGAUGAUGAGUGAGACAUUCGAGGUUUUGUAGAAGCGAAUGGCAGCUGAAGGUUAAGAGCCAUCGAGAAUAGGAAUGUUUUUUUAUUCAUGUGUAGCUAGCUAAGAAUGCUCUUGUUUGGUGCAUUAUCUUGUUACUUGAAUGUAUUGAUGCUUGAAUAAUGGUACUUGAAUGAUAUAUA